AUGAAACUUCGAUGUGCUGUUGCAGUAUUCCUGGUGCUCCUGAGUGUCCUGCAGGUGCAGGCAGUUCUGUGGCCCGAACAGCAUCCUUUGGAGGAGCGGCUUUCCGUCACGAUCUCCGGCACUCUUAAGAAUAUAUUAGCGAAUGCAAUGUCUACAUUUAAAUUCAGUGUCUUUAUUAGCACCGCCUUCGAGAAAAUGGACAGGAAUCGGGUGAACCUGGUGCAUCGGGUCCUGGACCAAAGUCUGCGUCACCCGAAAACUCCAGUGCCCAUUAUCUUGGCAUCCCAAUUGCCCCGCAGGCUGAACACCCCGGCGGCCAUCCAGUUGCUCUUCGUCCAAAAUGCUCAAGAAGCCGUAUCCGCAGCCAGCCAACUGGAGCACAAUAAUCCCUGUAUAAUCGUGCUCCUCCUUUUCCCACCCAAGGAUUCCGAGGCCAGAGUCAUUAUGUCCAGGAUAUUCAGGUACUUCAUGGAGGAGCGGUACAACAUAAACGUCCUGGUCCUGGUGCCCGAUUUGGAGGAGGUGAGAGCCUUCAAUGUCUGGCCUUACACUCCGAAGAGUUGCAUGAACUUGGAGCCCGUGGAGGUCGACAUUAAGGAGGCCGGACUGUUCGAUAUCUUUCCGCGGCGAUUGAAGAACCUGCACGGAUGUCCGUUAAGCGUCAUUGUGUGGGAUAUUCCGCCCUACAUGAAGGUCCACUGGGAUAGAGAGGAUCCCCUGCGAAGGCUGGAGGGAUUGGAUGGCAAGCUAAUACGGCUGAUGGCGGGCAAGAUGAACUUCACGAUCGAGCUGGUGCCCAAUGAGCCGGCGGGCCUGAUCGGUGGCGCCAGCUUCCUGAAUGGAACCCAAACGGGUGCUUACAAAAUGCUCCUGGAGAGGAGGGCCAACCUGACCAUCGGAUGUGCCGCCUGCACGCCGGAGAGAGCCACUUUCCUGGCGGCGACGGGUCCCUACAGCCAAAUGCCGUACGUGCUUGUGAUGCGAGCGAGAGGUGGCUACAGUAUCUACGAGAUAAUGCUCUUCCCCUACGCGGAGUCCACCUGGCUGCUCCUCUUCGUUAUCCUUUGCAUCCACAUCCUCCUCAACAGAUGCUUUCGAAUGCCGUCUCCUGUUUUGGCCGGCUGGCUGCUCUGGACAUUCAUCGUUCGCGCGAGCUACGAGGCCUCCGUGUUCAACUUCAUCCACAACUCGCCGGUGAAGCCAUCGCCGCGCACCUUGCAGAGCACUCUGGACAAUGGCUACCAGUUCAUCACCGAUCACGCCACCUACCGGAUGACCUUGAAGCUGCCUUCGUUCACGGGUAGGACCACCAUAUCGCCGGGCCAACCGGUGGACGUGUUCGAUGCCCUGUUGAAGUCUCCCUGGGGAACGGCGGCCUUCACCAGCCGCGCCUUCCUCGCCGAUCACCUGGUGAAGCAUCGGGAGCACCGCAAUCGGCUGGUCAUCCUGGCGGAGAAGAUCCUGGACAACAUGCUGUGCAUCUACUUCCCGCACGGCUCCUACUUCGCCUGGGAGUUCAACAUGCCGCUCUUCAACCUGCGCAGCUUCGGGAUAUUCCAGCACCACGCGGAGGUUCUGGCCUGGAAGAGCAUGCCCACCACCACGGACUCCACCGACAAGUCGGUCCACUCCUCGGACUUGGACAAGGGAUUCGCCGAGUCCAUGGGCUUCGUCCUGGCCGCCUUCAAUUGCCUGAUGGCCGCCCUCGGCCUCUCCAUCGGCGUCUUCCUCCUCGAGUUGCUCAGUCGGAGGCGCCGCUGGUCGAGAUUAGCAUAUGUCAUGGAGAGGCUUUAA